AUGAAGUUUUUCGGAAAAAAAGGUUCCAAGAAGCCCAACUCGGUCGAAGAGGAGGACGAAGACACCGCCAACUUUAGCGAGUCGCAGCCGCCCUCCCCAACUAAAUCGCCCACUAAAUCGCCCACCAAAUCUUCGUCAUCCCGCUCGCCGUCCAAACGCGACAAAGGCCAGCGACCCGCCUCGCCGCCGCUGCUCUCCCCUCGUGAGACCAAGCCGCGCCCCUCGCGCAGUUUUGCGCGACCAACCGACCCGGCAGCCUCAUCUUCCCGGAAGAAGAAAAUCGACCCGGACACGCACCCUCUGAACCUCCCACCCGAGCAGCGCAAGCGACUCUCUGCUCUCUCCGCCUCCGCCAUGAGCGGUCGGAAUUCAAUGGAGGUCGAGAAAGACGCCGGUGCAAGCGGCGGCGGCGGCGGGGGCGGAAUCCCGUCGUCGCCUGUCCCGCAGCAGCAACAGUCGCCGCCGCAGCAACAGCAGCAGUCGCCGAAGCCGCCAACCCCCCAAACAGGCUCCUUUACCUUCACCGUGCCUGUUCCCAAUGGAGCCGAGCCGGCGGCCGCAGAUGGGAGUGCCGACGAGGCAGUCCCUACCCCUCCCCCUCACCGGUCGCAGCCUUCUAGCCCCGUGCAGACCGAUGCCCAGCAGGCCGAGAGCUUCAAAAAUGAGGGUAACAAGUCCUUCAGGGACAAGGACUACCCGCGCGCAAUCGAGCUCUACAGCAAAGCCGUCGACUUGCAGCCUGAUUCUGCAACCUACCUAGGCAACCGCGCUGCGGCUUUCAUGUCUGCGAACAGAUUCAGCGAGGCUCUGGAGGAUUGCAAGCGGGCGGCAGAUCUUGACCGUAACAAUCCAAAGAUUUUGCUGCGUUUGGCUCGCAUCUACACCAGCCUUGGCCUGCCUGAGGAGGCAGUUGCUACUUUCAACCGCAUCCAGCCACCCCCCUCGGCCAAGGAUAUGGCCCCCGCCAAGGAGAUGCUCCAUCACAUCAAGUCGGCAAAAUCAGCCCUCAAGGACGGAACUGCCUCAAUGGUCCUCUAUCCUCUCAACCAGGCCACUGCACUUCUUCCGUUUGGCGCCCCCAAGCCGAGGAAGUGGCAGCUAAUGCGUGGCGAGGCGCUUCUCAAGAUGGGCGAUGUUAACUCGCUCGGAGAAGUCCACAACAUUGCAAUGCCGCUCUUGACAAACAACAGCCAGGAUCCCGAGGCGCUCGUACUUCGUGGCCGCGCGCUGUAUUCGCAGGGCGAGAAUGACAAGGCCAUAGCGCAUUUCCGUAAAGCCAUCAACUGCGACCCCGAGUUCAAGGAUGCGAUCAAGUGGCUCCGGAUCGUUCAGAAGCUCGACAGAAUGAAGGAAGAUGGCAAUGCCGAUUACAAGGCAAGGCGAUGGCAGGAUGCGAUUGACAAGUACACGGCCGCUCUGGAAAUCGAUCCGGCAAACAAGGGGACCAACUCCAAGAUCCUCCGGAACAGGGCCCUGUGCCGUAUUGAGUUGAAACAGUACGACGAGGCCGUCCAGGACUGCGACAAGGCUGUCAGCAUGGACUCAACAUAUAUCAAGGCUCGCAAGACCAAGGCCAACGCCUUGGGCCAGGCCGACAAGUGGGAAGAUGCCGUCCGCGAAUGGAAGUCCAUCCAAGAGUUGGAUCCGGAGGACCGGACUAUUGCCAAGGAGAUCAGAAAGGCUGAGCUCGAGCUCAAGAAGUCGCAACGGAAGGACUACUACAAGAUUCUAGGUAUCGACAAGAAUGCCACGGAGAACGAAAUCAAGAAGGCUUACCGAAAACUCGCCAUUGUCCACCACCCGGACAAGAAUCCCGGGGAUGAGACUGCCGAAGCUCGCUUCAAAGAUAUCAGCGAGGCGUACGAGACACUGAGUGAUCCACAGAAACGCGCCCGAUUUGAUAGCGGCGACGACCUCGCCGACAUGUCGGACAUGUUUGGCAGCGGCGGCAUGCAUGGACAUGGCGGAAUCGACCCAGAGAUCAUCUUUUCGAUGAUGAGUCAGGGGGGCGGCUUCGGUGGUGGCGGCGGCUUCGGAGGAGGCCAGGGAUUCAACUUCAACGAGCGCCAGCCCCCGAGACGAGGCGGCUUCCAAGGUUUUCAUUACUCAUGA